AACGUUUUAAAUUAAUACGCUAUUCUACUACUUGAUGAGUGAACAAAAAUAGCGCUGCUGUCUCUUAUAGAAGAAAAGCAGACAAAGAUGGGUCGUAUGCACGCACCAGGAAAGGGUAUAUCCCAGUCAGCAUUACCAUACAGACGCAGUGUUCCAACAUGGUUGAAGUUGACACCAGAAGAUUGUAAAGAAUUGAUUUAUAAACUAGCAAAGAAGGGACACACACCAUCUCAAAUUGGUGUGAUUUUACGAGAUUCUCAUGGAGUGGCUCAAGUACGUUUCCGCACUGGAAAUAAGAUUUUGAGGAUUGUCAAGAGUAUGGGACUCGCUCCAGAUUUACCAGAAGACCUUUACUAUUUGAUAAAAAAGGCUGUGGCCAUUAGGAAGCACUUGGAGAGAAAUCGCAAGGACAAAGACAGCAAAUUCAGAUUGAUUCUUGUAGAAUCCAGAAUCCACAGACUUGCCCGGUAUUACAAAUCAAAGGGAACCCUUCCAGCAAAUUGGAAAUAUGAAAGCUCCACUGCUAGUGCACUUGUUGCUUAAUUAUUUUCUUGCAUUUCUUAAUAAAAUAAAAACUUAACAGUUA